UCGAGCAGCAGCCAAAGCGAAGCUCUCGAAACCCUCGCAUUCGUCCCACCAUCGAGCACCUUCCGGGCAUCUCGUCGGCCGCGAGAUCGCCGGCGUUGUGGCCAAGUGAUCGGCGCUGCUCGCCUCGCAAACCUCAUGGUCGGUGCUUGGGAUGAGGAUCAGGAAGCACGCGUCCAAGAUUUUGGGCUCGGCGUCGUGCCAGGCGUGGCUCUCUUCUCCGGCGCCGUGCGUGGAUGAUCCCGCGCCGCCGCACGGCGAGCUUUGCGAGCUGAAUCAGUCUCCGUGGGACGUCUUGCCCUCGCCCCAACUCCCAGACUUCCAUCUCUCCGAUCGCCCCCAUCUCAAGAUAAAGCAAGAUGAUGAUGAUGAAGAAGAAGAAGAAGAUGAUGAUGAUGAUGAUGAUGAUAACAAUGACAAUGAUCGCAUUAUCUUGAGUGUUCUUCCUAGAAUGAAGAAGAAGAAGAAGAAGAAGAAGAAGAGUAUGAUCAAGAAGAAUAAAAAGGAAUUCAAGAAGAGGGAGAGUAAUGAUAUGUGUAACAAAAGUGAUGGAAAAGGUUGGCGUUGUAAGAAGCCCGUGCAACCGCCGCACACUCUUUGCCAUUACCACCUCGCGCAACUCCGGUCAUACAAUGCAGCUUAUAGAGCUCCAUCGUCCGCCGGAGCGGUAGCCAACCAACGACGAAAGCCGGGCAUUGGAAGCUUAAUUGAUAAUAAUGGUGGUGAUUUUUACUAUUAUUAUUCGGGUUUUGGACCGUGGAGAGGAAAGCGGAGAAGUGGAGGGAAGGUGGUUGAUGAUGACGAAGACGAUGAUGAAGAUGAUAAAGAUUAUAAUGAAGAAGAAGAGGAUAAUGGUGUUAAGGGUGUUGAGAUUGAUAGUUUGGAAGGGGAUGGAAGUGAUGAUGAUGAUGAGGAGGAGGAGGAGGAGGAUGAGUUGGAAGAGAAGAAGAGGAAGAGUAGUUUGGUUUGUAGGAAGAGAGGGAGAAGACGCAUCAAAGCUCGUUCUCUUAAAUCUCUUCUUUGAACUUAGUUUUUAAGUGCUUGUUGCCAUGUUUGUUUUUGUUGUUUGAUUUGUUGGUGCUUUUAUUGUUGUAGUUCUUCAGUGAAUUAUGAGUUAUUAGUGUUGAUUUAGUAGAAAUCUUGGUUUUUUUUUUGGGAAGUAAUUUGGUUUGUCAUGAGGAAAUCUUGUCCGUUUCUAGAACUUUGGGGAAUCUAACGGCAUGCAUGCUAGAUUCUUGUGGGUGGGUCCCGCAGGAUAGGGAUACCGAUGGGCUGGGCCUGUUUG